CGUAUAUGUCACGCCUUUUGUAGCUUCUUCUUCCCCCUUUUCUUCAGAACGCAGGGGAUUCGAUACUCUGCUAAUUAGCCCUCUUUCUAAUCUCCACCUUUCCGAGUUUCUGAAAUUUCAAUUGCAUCCUUGAGGGGUUGAACUGUAAUUUAGCUCGAAGAUUGAAUUGGGCAGGCAUGGCUAACACCAGCAAUAAUGCCGCUGGAGUAGAUAAUACUUUCAGAAGGAAAUUCGAUCGAGAAGAGUUCUUGGAGCGAGCUCGUGAGCGUGAAAGACAGGAGGAGGAGGGGCCGCAUAAAUCCAAAUCGAAAGGCCCGCCGGUGCAAAGGAAGCCAUUGAAGCACAGAGAUUAUGAAGUAGAUCUCGAGUCUCGCUUGGGGAAAACACAGGUUGUUACUCCAAUAGCACCUUUAAGCCAGCAGGCUGGAUACUUCUGUUCGGUUUGUGAGUGUGUUGUAAAAGAUUCUGCAAACUACUUGGAUCAUAUCAAUGGCAAGAAACAUCAAAGAGCUUUGGGUAUGUCCAUGCGGGUAGAGCGGGCAUCUCUCCAACAGGUUCAGGAGCGAUUUGAAAAGCUCAAGAAGCGGAAAAUUGAUGGCACCUUCACAGAGCAAGAUCUUGAUGAGCGGAUCUUGAAGCAGCAGCAAGAAGAGGAGGAGCGGAAGCGCCAGCGUCGAGAAAGGAAGAAAGAGAAGAAGAAAGAGAAAGUAGUAGAAGAGGAAACUGAAAUGGAUCCUGACGUUGCAGCUAUGAUGGGAUUUGGUGGAUUCGGUUCAACCAAGAAGUGAUCAUCUCAUGCCAAUUCAAUUUUUGCGCCUCUUUUUGAAUCUAAGUGGUUGUUUACAUUUCAAAUUAUGUUUUUAAGUGAAGCGCAGCACUGUACGAACCACUCAAAUAUUUAGGUAUUCGGGCUUGUACAAAAUGUAAGUUCGGUAAGUUUUCAAGAUGUUACAUACUGAUAGCGGAAUUAGGGAAAAGGGAAGAGUUACUCAAGAUUCAUAAUGCGUCUUGGUUUCUUUCA